UUUACUUGCCUCCUCCCUCUUUCUCCUCUCCUCCCACUCACCUCACGGUCUAAAACCCGGGCCGGCGCCUUUAAGAGGGAGCGUUGGUUACCCUGGGGGCGGGAACCCCUCGGUAGCUCGCGAGGCGGCGGCGCUCGUCCGCGAUGCUCCUCACUUUCAGCUCCAGCUCCCGCCACCGCCGCCUCUAUAGCCGCCACCACCUCUUCCUCGUCGUCCUCCUUCCUCCUCCGCCUGGCAGCGUUGUUCUCUGCAGCGGAGGAGAGAAGUGCUAUGUCAGGAAAGUUCCGGGAGGGACUACAUGGGGCCAUGCACCCUGGGCUCUUCCGCGGGCGCCCGCGCGCUGCUUUUCGCUUGAGGCAAAAGGACUCUUGUGGAAGAUGGAACUCAUUGUCCAUUUUCCAGAAUGUAUUUCCAAGCCCAUCAAUGGAACCUGAUACUGCUGUUCUGUGUUGAAAUGCUUGAAGAACACCUGCAUCUCUGCUUGCAUCUUCCAUCCUACCGAAACCAUGGUCUUCUCGGCAGUGUUGACUGCGUUCCAUACCGGGACAUCCAACACAACAUUUGUAGUGUAUGAAAACACCUACAUGAAUAUUACACUCCCUCCACCAUUCCAGCAUCCUGACAUCAGUCCAUUGCUUAGAUAUAGUUUUGAAACCAUGGCUCCCACUGGUUUGAGUUCCUUGACAGUGAAUAGUACAGCUGUGCCCACAACACCAGCAGCAUUUAAGAGCCUCAACUUGCCUCUUCAAAUUACCCUUUCUGCUAUAAUGAUAUUCAUUCUGUUUGUGUCUUUUCUUGGGAACUUGGUUGUUUGCCUCAUGGUUUACCAAAAAGCUGCCAUGCGAUCUGCAAUUAACAUCCUCCUUGCCAGCCUGGCUUUUGCAGACAUGUUGCUUGCAGUGCUGAACAUGCCCUUUGCCCUGGUAACUAUCCUUACUACCCGAUGGAUUUUUGGGAAAUUCUUCUGUAGGGUAUCUGCUAUGUUUUUCUGGUUAUUUGUGAUAGAAGGAGUAGCCAUCCUGCUCAUCAUUAGCAUAGAUAGGUUCCUUAUUAUAGUCCAGAGGCAGGAUAAGCUAAACCCAUAUAGAGCUAAGGUUCUGAUUGCAGUUUCUUGGGCAACUUCCUUUUGUGUAGCUUUUCCUUUAGCCAUAGGAAACCCUGACCUGCAGAUACCUUCCCGAGCUCCCCAGUGUGUGUUUGGGUACACAACCAAUCCAGGCUACCAGGCUUAUGUGAUUUUGAUUUCUCUCAUUUCUUUCUUCAUACCCUUCCUGGUAAUAUUGUAUUCAUUUAUGGGCAUACUCAACACCCUUCGGCACAAUGCCUUGAGGAUCCAUAGCUACCCUGAAGGUAUAUGCCUCAGCCAGGCCAGCAAACUGGGUCUCAUGAGUCUACAGAGACCUUUCCAGAUGAGCAUUGACAUGGGCUUUAAAACACGUGCCUUCACCACUAUUUUGAUUCUCUUUGCUGUCUUCAUUGUCUGCUGGGCGCCGUUCACCACUUACAGCCUUGUGGCAACAUUCAGUAAGCACUUUUACUAUCAGCACAACUUUUUUGAGAUUAGCACCUGGCUACUGUGGCUCUGCUACCUCAAGUCUGCAUUGAAUCCACUGAUCUACUACUGGAGGAUUAAGAAAUUCCAUGAUGCUUGCCUGGACAUGAUGCCUAAGUCCUUCAAGUUUUUGCCGCAGCUCCCUGGUCACACAAGGCGACGGAUACGUCCCAGUGCGGUCUAUGUGUGUGGGGAACAUCGGACGGUGGUGUGAAUAUUGGAACUGACUGACAUUUUGGGUGAUGCUUGUUCUUUAUUGACAUUGAAGUUUCUUUCUCAUAGCCUCUCCACUUAUACUUUAUUGUUUUUUAUGGACUUCGUGUAUGUAUGUGUGUGAGCAGUGUAAAGAAAGAAUGGUAAUUAUGGUUCUGUUACCAAGAAUAAACAAUAGGAAAGUGAUUACAAAUAUUACCUCCAGGAUUCAAUAGAAAUCCUCAAUUUAGGAUGAGGAGAUGUUUUUUUGGUUUUGGUUUUUGGGUUUUUCCUUGAUUGAUUUUGUUUUCAUAGUAGGAAUCAGGAUUGUGCUUUAUUGAGCCUGCAGUUAUAUUGAAUUGUAGGCAUUUUAUGUGCUGCUAAGGUAUGCUUAGUUGAGUUUAUCAAGAGUUUUUUUUUUCUGGAAGACACUGCUGCUUUUUACCAUCACAUUGGAGCCAAACAUCUCAAUCAAUAUAUAUUUAGAUUUAUUUUAAAAACUAACCCAAGAAGGUUAGUGACAUUUUAAAGGUCAUUACUAU